GAAAGCCCAAAGCUUAUCUAGAGAUCUUUCAGACGCAUUUUAAUCUUGCAGAUUUGAUGUUCACAGGACUUGCUGAUAUUCUUCUAAAUAGAGAACAGUUUUUACCUGCUGUCUUUUGAAUUGCAUCAGAUCUGAUUAUGAGCCAGAAAGACUCAUCAGAAGAAAUAGAAGAUGGCCAUCAAGUUUUAUGUAUUACCUGUGGCCAACCACAUUUACCAGAAGAGCCCCACUUGUACAGCUACACGGAAGAAGUAGAUGAUGAUCUAAUAUGCCACAUUUGCCUACAAGCUUUGCUUCAGCCAUUGGACACUCCUUGUGGUCAUACUUACUGCACAAUCUGCCUUACAAAUUUCCUACUGGAAAAAGACUUUUGCCCCAUGGAUCGCAAACCUGUGAUUCUUCAGUCUUGCAGAAAGUCCAGCAUAUUAGUAUAUAAACUCCUGGAUAAGCUAAUGGUUAGCUGCCCUUUCACAGAACACUGCUCAGAGAUAUUGCAGCGUUGUGACCUUGAACAGCAUUUUCAAAAUGGAUGUAAAGGAGCAUCCCAUUAUGGCCUUACAAAGGAACGAAAGAGACGUUCGCAAGAUGGCUCUCCAGACUGUAGUUCCACUUUAACAGUAGCGGCUCUUGGCCCAGAGCUCUCUGCAGCUGCAGCUAUAGCCUUAAUGACAGAUGAACCAGGCCUAGUUAAUCCAGCCUUCAGCCCCACCUCUGAGGACAGCCAGUCGGGGAGUAGUUCUGGAGAUCCCAAUAGAAGCAACCGAAACAGAACUCAGCACUUUGAACGUUCCACUAUAAGAAGCAGGUCUUUUAAAAAAAUAAAUAAAGCUUUCAGCGUUCUUCGACGAACAAAAAGUGGAAGUGCAGUAGCAAACCAGGCUGACCGGGAGAGGGAAAAUAAUGGCAACUCUAUUGCCACAGAAGAAGGUUUUCCCAGAUUGUAUCACCUGAUCCCAGAUGGUGAAAUUACCAGUAUUAAGAUCAACCGUACUGAUCCCAAUGAAAAUCUGGCCAUUAGGAUUGUUGGAGGCAGUGAGACUCCUUUGGUUCACAUUAUUAUACAGCAUAUUUAUCGAGAUGGGGCGAUUGCCAGAGAUGCAAGAUUGCUGCCAGGAGACAUGAUACUAAAGGUAAAUGGCAUGGACAUCAAAAAUGUGCCUCACAACUAUGCCGUGUCAAUUCUGAAGCAGCCUUGUCAAGUGCUCCGACUCACAGUACUCAGAGAGCAGAGGUACCGAUGCCGAAACAAUGGACUUUCUUUUGAAGCUCACAACCGGGAUGACAGUUUUCAUGUGGUUCUAAGCAAAAGCAGCCCAGAUGAGCAGCUGGGAAUAAAACUGGUCCGCAAGGCAGAUGAACCUGGGGUAUUUAUUUUCAACUUGCUGGAAGGAGGUGUGGCUGCCCGUGAUGGACAGCUUCAAGAGAAUGACCGGGUUUUAGCUAUUAAUGGGCACGAUCAUCGGUACGGCAGCCCAGAAAGCGCAGCCCAGCUGAUACAGGCCAGUGAAAAGCGAGUUCACUUUAUUGUUUCACGGCAGACCAGACAGCAGACCCCUGACAUUUUGCAGGAGGCUGGGUGGAAUUACAGCAGCAGCCCACAGUCCGGCCCCACUGACAAAAACAAUCCUAACAAGAAUGUCCUUCAUGCUGUCACCUGUCAUGAGAAGGUCAUGGUUGUGCGGAAAGAUCACACAGAGUCACUAGGAAUGACUGUCGCAGGUGGAGCAUCUAACAGGGAAUGGGAUUUACCUGUCUAUGUGAUAAGUGUUGAACCUGGAGGAGUCAUCAACAGAGAUGGCAGGAUAAAGACAGGUGACAUUUUGCUGAAUGUGAAUGGAAUUGACCUGACUGGUGUGAGCCGCAGCGAGGCAGUAGCCCUGUUGAAAAACACCACCUCCUCCAUAAUGCUCAAAGCCCUGGAAAUGAAAGCAUGUGAGGCUCAGGGGGACAGCAGCAAUGUAGCACUACCCAAUGCCAGUGAGAACAUGUCUGAGAACAGCGAAUGGUCACCUUCCUGGGUUAUGUGGCUUGGGCUGCCACGGUAUUUGUACAGCUGCAAAGAAAUUGUAUUGCGGAGAAAUACAGCAGGAAGUCUUGGCUUCAGUAUUGUAGGAGGUUAUGAAGAACACACUGGAAACAAACCGUUUUUUAUCAAAUCUAUUGUUGGGGGAACACCAGCAUACAAUGAUGGAAGGAUUAGAUGUGGUGAUAUCCUACUUGCUGUCAACGGAAGAAGUACAUCAGGAAUGAUGCACGCCUGUUUGGCAAGGAUGCUCAAAGAACUGAAAGGAAAAAUUACUCUUACUUUCGUGUCGUGGCCUGGAACUUUUUUAUAAAACAUGUAUCCAUAGAGGUAACAAAUGAUUUGACACAGAAAACAAGCUCCUUAACAUGGACAUAAGUUUUUUCUCUGCACUUUUUUUGAUCAAAUGUAUAUUUGUAAAAUAAAAUUGUGAAUUGUCAAUUUGCACAUCAAGAAAAGGCAAGUCUUGCAAAAAUAGUGGCAUCUGUCAAAGAAACACCCUUUAGAAAGAACUGAAGAUAAAUUAGGGCACAAGGCUCUGUUUCCCUAGGCUGUUUUUAAGUUUGUAUUUUUUAUAUUUGAUUCAUUAUAAUAAUCAAAGAUCUUUAGUGAGCAGCAGAAACUCCUGCCCACCUGCUACUUUCCAUUUAUAAAAGAAAUUAUGAACACAUUAUGUGGAAAAUUCCUGGCAGUCUCUUGAAAUGACAGCAGUUGAAAUAUUUUUUUAAUGAUUAAAUAAGGUGAAGGUUUUUACCCAACACAUACAAAGCACUUUGAUUAAAUAAUGUACCUUUACAUUGUCAGCAUGAAGCUGGUAUUUUCACAACUUUCAAAUAUUGUCUCUUAGUAUGUAAUACUGUGAAUGAAACCUUAUUUCUAAAAUUAUUAAAAACAACUGUAACUGUGUGCUUGUACAGACACAUUGUUUUCAUCAAAAGCCAAAACUAAAUAAUUCUCUCAUAAGCUUCUUUUCAACAGAAGCUCCCCUAGAACAGGAGCUGGCAAUAUAUGGCUCGUGUGCUAGAUCUGGCCUUUGUAGCCACUGGAUCCAGCCCACAGAGCAGCAGGACUGUCUUUGUGGGAGCUGACAAGCAAGGAGCUGCAUCAGGGCUGGGGAGCUGGAAUCUUCCCAUGCUGCUGCCACUUCUGUCUCCCGCUUCCAUGAGGCUGCAGUGUGGGCACGGCUUCCAGCUAACGGAGAGCCAUGCCAGAGCUGGAAGCUGUUCCCAUGCUGCUGCCACUUGUGCCUGCCUACCCCUUUCCUUCUCCCACCCCCUCCAAGGCUGCUGUGUGAGCGCAACUUCCAGACUGAGCAGAGCUGCAGUAGGGCUGAGCUGCUUGGGAGGGCAGGGAGAAGUGGCAGCAGCAUGGAAGCAGCUUCCAGAUCCACUUCUCCGAUGCAGCUUCCCUCUGGCUGGAAGCUGCACUCACCCCACAACCUGGGAGAAGUGCUGUUGGUGGUGCAGCUCCCAGCAUGUGGCUCUGGAUAACGCCUCCCCUGCAACUGCUCAUGUGCUGCUGAAGCCACCUAGCCCAUGCCAGACUGGGGCCAGGUUGUUUCAGCCCAUUCUUGAAAAAGAUAGCUAGCUCCUUAUUUAGGACUUCCCACUUGAUAUAAUCAUGAACUUAAAAAAUAAGUAUAUGUUUCUCUUUGUUGCUGGAUUGACUUCUAAUUAUACACAUAGGAAGAAGCAGUAAAAAUGUUGCUAGACUGUGCUGCCCAUCUCAAUCAACUCUGUUCUGGAGGGAAGGAGUCCAAAUGAGAUGUUAGUUUGUUUCCAUUGUUUAACCAAUUCUUAGCCUCUGUGGAAAUUAGCAGAAUUUGAAGUCUGAACCUCCUUCCCAUUAAACUAAAAAGGAAAAAGGAUCAGAUCAUGAAUCUUUCCUGGGAUUUUUACAGCUGAUCCUUGGAAAGUGGGAUUCACAAAGACAGACAGCUCGGUAUAAAUGCUUUUGGUUUCUACUAAGUUCAUCUGCUUGCCCCCAUUCUUACAUCAGAAAAUUUUGUCAUAGGUUGUCAUACUAUACUAUAAAAACACACACAAGAUUGUGAUAAACAUACUCUCCAACUGCACUAAAAAUAAUGUGUAUAUUUACUGCAUGUUAAAUAUUCUGCAACACUUUCCGGAGCAACCAUUCUCAACCAUCUUUUCAAGAGCCUCUGACUUCUCUUGUUGCACAAUAAAGAUUGACUUAUUUACAUCAGUGGUGCCCAACUUUCCAGACCCACAGGCCGGACAAGUGAUGUGGGGUUGGUCUAUGGGCUGGAUUACAUACACACCUGGCGAGUGGGGUUGGUCCAACUUGGUCCAAGAGUGGGGGCAGAUGCAACUCCAACAUGCCAGAUGCAGCCAUGCACCAGCCCAGCUGCGUGCCUGCCCAACUGCGCUCUAGUACAAUCAGGCGCACAGGUUCACAUCAGUUGGCCUGGGGGGGCUCCCCAUGGGUCCAAAAUUUGGCAGCAAAGGAGAGGCAAUUAAUACUGCCACCACUCCCCCCUGCUUCCAAGUUUCUGGACCUGCAGAGAGGCCUGCAGGAUGGAUGACAGUUCUGUGGGUUGGAUCUGGCCUAUGGGCUGGAAGUUGAACAUCCCUGGUUUAUGUAAGGAGCUGAAAAGGCUAAACUUCAGAGACUCUUCAACUCCAAUUCCAGAUUGUUUGGCUAGUGUCGGUACUCACUAUCACAAAUACAAACCACUCAACUUGGGGGGGAAAGAGAACUUUCAGAACCUC